AUGCGACGCUCAAGUUUUGGAGAUGAUAGUUAUGAAAUGCCACGUCCAUGCCCACGUGGUACAUGGAGUGGCGCUGGAGCAGUGAAGUGCACGGAGUGCGCAGAAGGCUACUACACAUGGGAUGAAGCAUCUUCUUACUGCGAUCGAUGUGAAGCUGGAUAUAUGUGUUCUGCACCGGACGCUGAUCCUGAGCCAUGUCCCUUAGGAACUUACAGCGCCGAACCAGCUCAGACAUGCUGUACAGUGUAAACCACAACUACUGUGUCCACAUCGACGGUGACGAAAAUUGAUGCAUGCAUGGAUCCCACGCGCUGUUUAAAUGGAGGUACAUGUAAAUCGAAUGGCACAACCAGUUUCAUCUGCAUUUGUCCUGACACAUAUCACGGUGAAAGAUGCGAAAAAACAACUGAUGAGCAGACAAUCUUGGAAGUGUUCACUCGAAAUAAUUGGACAGAUGUUCUAGCUGUCAUUGAUGUGAUGGGCUCUAUGCAUCCAUGUGCUGCAACUGUAUCACAAUGGAUGUCUUUGGCUCAUGAGAAAACAAAUAUAAAGACUUAUGUUUUUUUCAACGAUGGUGAUUCAAAAGCUGACAAAUACAAAGUGAUCGGUUCAACAGGCGGUAUCUACGCCACUGAUUCGACAAAUCUAUCUGUUGUUCGCACUGUCAUGGAAACUGCCAUGCGUAUGGGAGGUGGAGGUGAUGGCCCUGAGAACGAUAUUGAAGCACUAUUGUAUGGUAUUAAACGAUGCCCUACAUGCCAAAAUGUCAUUCAUAUUGCCGACAAUCAAGUAACUCCACGAGAUCUUAUUCUCCUUGCAAAUAUAACGAUGCCAAUCAAGGUUAUUCCCUGCCAAGUGCAUCCAGCGGGUGGUGUUAAUCCAGCAUUGCUAAACGUUGCAGAUAAGACGGGUGGAUCACUGCAUACCAUUGAACAAGAUAUUAUCUAUCUGUCAGGUAUUGCUGUUGGAGAAACCACUGAUAUUGGUCAUUAUGUUUAUCGUCGAACAAAUAACGGCUUUAUUCGUAUAUAA